AAAGUGCGGAAGUUGCUUGCUCAUCGCGCAGUUUCAAAGAUGGCUCUUGCUAGUGUGUUGAGUGCUGAUUGUGCUGGUUUUUCUUUUGGCAGUCGUCGGGCGUCUGCUUUCGAUUGUGGACGCGGACUGAGUGGUCUGGGGCUCGAAGCCACAUCGGGAGACAACAUUCGGUUUUCCAUCAAAAAUCCACUGUGUGCUGGAGGCGAGGAGGACGUCGAGAGGAAGAUAGAGUUUCUGCAUGGUACCACUACCUUAGCAUUCAAAUUCCAGCAUGGUGUCAUUGUUGCGGUGGACUCUCGGGCCACAGCAGGAUCCUACAUCGCCUCACAGACGGUCAAGAAGGUGAUUGAGAUUAAUCCCUACUUGCUGGGCACCAUGGCUGGUGGAGCGGCAGACUGUACCUUCUGGGAGCGUAUGCUGGCCCGCCAGUGCCGCAUCUAUGAGCUCCGCAACAAAGAGCGCAUCUCUGUGGCCGCGGCCUCCAAGUUACUUGCCAACAUGGUGUACCAGUACAAGGGAAUGGGCCUCAGUAUGGGAACCAUGGUCUGCGGCUGGGACAAGAGGGGUCCAGGGCUCUACUACGUUGACUCAAAUGGGAACAGAGUUUGUGGCGACCUCUUUGCAGUGGGCUCUGGAUCCAUGUACGCCUACGGUGUGAUGGACAGCGGUCUUCGGCAGGAUCUGACCGUGGAGGAGGCCUGUGAUUUAGGUCGCCGCGCUAUCUACCAGGCAACAUACCGCGAUGCCUACAGCGGAGGGCAGGUCAACCUGUACCAUGUCCACAGCGAAGGCUGGACCAUGGUCUCCAAGGAAGAUGUGCUUGAGCUGCACCAAAGAUACAAGGAGCAGGCAUAAUUUUUAAAGUUAAAUUUUCAGGAUGGGGACUGUGGUGUUGUGAGAUGCAUUUAUUUCUGAAUCCAAAAUUGAAGUACUUCUGAAAUGUCUGUUAGGUUGAUAUUACUACUAAUAAAAAAAACAUUUACUGCU